UUUAUAAAAGAAAUGACCUUCUUUUGUUGAUUCGACCACUGUUUGAUGUUAGUUGUCAUUGUUGGUGGAACUGUCAGCUGAAACAGAUGACGGUUUUUAUUGUUUAUUUUCCUCCCGGCAAUUACGCUUAAAGUACCAGUCGGUGGUGGUAUUAAAAUUCAAAGAUCUAUCCAACGAUUGCCUUUUAUUGUGUGUAGAAGCUGUUGUAAAAAGCCAGAAAAGAUACACCAGAAAAGGGAAACAAUCGUAGACGUUGGAAAAUUUUAGUUUUCAUUGCACACGUAACUGCUUCAAAGUAUUACCUAGGAGUGUAUGUCAACAGAUCGUUUGUACAAUAAAAAGAUUAACCUGCAAAAAAGGUUUAUUAUUUAAGAAUAAUCUUGUAAAACAAAACUCCCGGCUCUAUUCUACCACAGCCAUGUCACAUGUUGUUAUUGGUGGUGGUACCGGUUUCAUUGGUCGCCGGUUGGUAAAAACGUUGCUAGCGGAAGGAUACGAAGUGACGACGAUUUCGCGCAUGCCUGGUCCCAAACAUAUCAGCUGGCAUGAGCUCGAAAAACAAGGCUUACCGAACGGAACGACGGCCGUAGUGAAUCUAGCUGGUCAGAAUGUGCUUGAUCCGACCCGCCGUUGGACGCCGGGUUUUAAGCAGAACGUAUGGAACUCACGCAUCAACACGACCGCUGCCUGUGCCCGUGCGAUCGAACGGGCAACCGUUAAACCGUCCGUGUUUGUCAACAUCUCCGGCGUUAGCCAUUACACACCGGGUAACCAGAAGCACACCGAACUGUCGAAGGUGUCAGACUACGAUUUCAUGUCAAGGCUUUGCAUUGAAUGGGAAAGGGCAGCUUCACUAUCGGACAAUUCAAUCUGCCGUACCGUGCGUGUCCGAAGCGGUGUCGUGCUUGGGCGGGAAGGUGGAAUGAUCCAGUCGCUAAUAUUACCGUUUUGGUUCGGAUUCGGUGGCCCUGUCGGUGAUGGGCGUCAUGAUUUGCCCUGGAUACAUGCGGAUGAUCUAUGCGGAUUGAUACGGUUCGCCAUCGAACGGCCCGAAGUGAACGGCGUACUGAAUGGUGUCGCACCGGAACUUUCUACAAACGGCGACUUUACAAAAGCCUUCGCUUCUGCCCUGGUACGUCCCGCCAUUUUUCCAAUGCCCAUAUUCGCGCUGAAUCUCAUCUUUGCCGAAGAGCGCGCCGUUCUGCUGACGAACGGUGCGAAGGUCGUACCGCAACGGGUGCUCGAGUACGGGUUCCAGUAUCGGUAUCCGGAUCUACAAUCAGCCUGCAAGGAAGUGGCCCACCUGUUCUAAUACUAGUGUCAGCGUUUUAUAGAUUUUAUCGUUAACGUCAUCCAAUCUGCCCUUUAUUUAUUAGCCGUAUCACCUGUGUACGAAUUGCACGUUCACGAAUUUAAAUGGGUGAAAAUCAAUUUUUUUUAUUCUGAGUCUGUAUAUUAACGCCUCUUGCAUCAUGGCGUAAUAAACUCAAUCAGAAUACCAUCAA